AUGGGUCCUCGGAUCCUCUUUAGUGCAGCAUCCCCCUGGAAGCCAGCGAUUCCAGAGCGCAAGUAUCAGGACCUCUCCAACAAACUAAAGUUCCACAGUGGAGAGAUAACAAGGGAGGAGAAGCAGCCGGCCUCCACCCAGUCCACCCCAAGCAGCAGCCCCUACUCUUCCCCUAAGCAGAAGCCCAGAGGCUGGGUCACUUCUGGUUCUUCCACAGCCUUACCUGGCCCCAAUCUUAGCACCAUGGAUUCUGGAAGCGGGGAUAAAGACAGAAGCUCGGCAGAUAAGUGGAGCCUCUUUGGACAAAGACCCCUCCAGAAGUCUGAUUCAGGAGGUUUUGCCAUCCAGGCCUACAAAGGAGUGCAGAAGCCUCCUCCAGUGGAACUGAUGCGCGCGCAGGCCACCCGAAUGGCCAAGGAUCCGGCAACGUUCAAGCCACCCAAGAUGGACAUCCCAGUGAUGGGAGGGAAGAAACAGCCGCCGCCGGCCCACAGUCUCAAACUCCGGGGUGUGAAUGCCCUCACACCCACUGGCUUCUAG